AUCACUCAUCACCACAAAUAUCGAAAACAAACAAAAAAUCAGUAAUGGCUUGUCCUUUGUAUCCGUCUAACAAUCCUUCAUCUUCAGUUGUGGUGACACGAGACGAGUUCAAUGCUUUUCACACAAUCGACAGAACCUUGUUCAGUCGUCUUGUCUUCCAUCUAAACCGAGACGUGGACCAGUCGUUUCUAGCGAUGUGUUUUCUCAUGUUCCUCGAGCAAUCUGGCUAUGCCCGUGACGUUAUCGCGUAUAUUGUCUCGUUACCAGACGCUUUCGUUGACGCGGUGGCUAACGAAAUCGGUGUGUGUAUAAAUUUGUUAUACAACCUAGAUUUCGCAUCAACGCUCUUCGCUGCUAACAACGAUGAUAAUUCCGUUAUACCUUUGCUCUUAAGUAUGACUGGAGGGAAGUUUACUCUCAGAUUAAUCAAUCAAGACCGCGAAGUUUUUCGCGUUGGAGUGUCAAAGAUUUGGACCGAUGUUGGCACUCGAGCUUUCACAGAUUUAUGCGAGAGAGCUCACAUGAUCAACAGGGAGAAACUUUUGGCUUUAGAGAGAGAGAAAUUUUUUGAGGACAUGAAGAAACUCAGGUUGAGUCUUCAACAAGAAAACCCUAACAGGUUGAGUUUUCAACAAGAAAACCCUAACAGGUUGAGUGUUCAACAAGUAAAAAUUGCUUCUCCUCCUCCUCGUCGUCCGGUUGAAGACGAAACAAACAAGUUCCAUAAAGAGAAAGAGAUAAUGGAGGCAGAAGAGAAGGAAGCGGUGGUGGCGGCAGAUGAUCGGACGGUUUUCCUGACGUUUUCGAAAGGGUACCCGAUUUCGGAAGCGGAAGUUAGGGUUUACUUUACGAGGAGGUUUGGGGAAGUGAUAGAAUCGGUAGAGAUGCAGGAAGUUGAAGCAAAUGAGCAGCCGUUGUUUGCGAAGAUGGUAUUGAAACUUCAGUGUGCGUCGAUGAUGGACCAGAUUGUGAGUGCGAGAUCUAGAAACAAGUUCACCAUCGAUGGCAAACAUGUUUGGGCUCGUAAGUACGUUCGCAAGAACCCUUACCCAGCUUCGUCCUCUACUCAUAUUUGAGUGUCUCUGAACUUUUUAUUUACAUGUUGACGUUGUCGUUGUCAUUGUCGUUGUUGUUGUUUUUGUUUUUCAAUAAAAUUGUGUCGUCAAU